CAGUCCACACGCGUCCGGUUCGGCCUCCACAUCAUCAUCUCCUCUCCUCUCUCGUCUCCGCGCGCCGUGAGCCGUCCGAUCUCGCGCGGGCGGCCGUGAUCCGCUCCCUCCCCCCCACCCACGUGCUAGGCCGCCAUGCCACCCCUCUCCCCUUCCUCCUCGCCGCCGGCGACGGCGGCGGCGGUUCUCCGCUGCGGCUCCCCGUCGUGCCGCCCCGUCACACAUGAGCUGUUCAGGCAGAAGUUGAGUUUCAUGGUGUCAUUUCAAGCUCAACAUAUGAGAUGUGCUCCUCAUUUGAUCAAAUCAGUUGUUAAAGGUAUUAGAGCAAAUAUCACUGAUGGCGAGAAUGGAGCAACUGAACCAGCUAGGGAGCUAUUGGAGCGGCUGUUUGCGAAGACGCAAAGGUUGGAUACCAGUGCUUCCCAGGAUAGUGAGCUGAGUAUGAGCAUUGAUGUACUGAAGUCUGAAUUUGAGGCCGCCUUGUCUACCUUGAGGAAGAAAGAGAGGGAUCUCCGAGAUGCGGAGAAUCGGGUUUCAGUUGAUCAGGUACGCCUGAACCGGGCGAAGAAGGAUCUUGAUCAGAGAGAGCGUGGGAUCAAUAGAGCAUAUGCAAGGCAACAGGAAAUGGAGAGAUCACUGGGUAAGGCAAGUAGAGAUCUGGUUUUACAAGUGAGGCAGAUCGAUAACCUGAAGCUUCUUGUUGAUGAGCAAGACAAGAAAAUUGCCAGCUCACAAGAUUUGCUUUCUCAGAAGGUAACUGAAGUGGAAAAGCUUAAGCAAGAUAUGUUGAAGAAGAAUGAAGAAGUAACCUUGAUGCGUUCAGAGAUCAAGUCCAAGGAACAGCUGCUUCUUGAAGCUAAUCAGGCUGCUGAGCAGCAAGAAGCAACAAUUAAGGAGCUCCGGAGUGAAAUUAAAAGAAAAGAAAUUGAUUUUUCCAGAUCGAAUGAAUUGAGAAAGGCCAAUGAACAGAAACUAAAAAUCGCCGAGCAAGAACUUGAGAGGCAGAAUAUGGGAUGGUUAGCAGCACAGAAAGAGUUAAAGGAAGUGGCGCAACUAGCAUGCAAGGAUAUGGAUGGUAUCAAGGAUACAGUCAGUGACUUCAAACGUGUGAGGUCUCUGCUGGAUGCUGUACGGUCUGAACUAAUCGCUUCAAAAGAGGCUUUCUCCUCCUCUCGAAAACAGAUAGAAGAUCAAGCAGUGCAGAUGCAGAAACAAGUUCAAGAACUCUCUGGUCAAAGGCUAUUGCUUUCAUCUUUCAACCAGAACUUGGAAGCUGCUCGGUUGGAGAUUCAAGGCAAGGCAAAGGAGCUCAAUGCUGCACAGUCUCGCUGUCAUGAACUUGAAUCACUGUUACUUCAGGAAAAGGAGAAGGUUGAGUCUCUGGAAGCAGUGUUAACAAAAGAAAGAGAGAGCUUAGAAGAGAAAACCAAAGAAGUUGAGUUGCUUCAAAAGGCGCUCGUUCAGAAGGAAAAUGAGCACAGCAAUUCAUUAAAGCUUGUUGAAAUAAAAGAAUCUGAGCUGUUAGAAGCCCGAAAUGAAGUCCAAGAUAUGAAAUCAAAGGUGGAAUCUAUCCAAAUAGCUGUUCAGGAGAAGGAUUCAGAGCUUUCUGAAACACAACGCAGACUUGCUGAAGUGAACAGUGAAGUUGUUGAACUAAAGCAGCUGCUAGAUAGCAAGGAAGAUCAACUUGUUCAGGUUAGAACCGAAUUACAGGAUAAAGAACAACACAUACAGACACUACAGAAUAAAUUGGAUAGCAUGAAAUUCAGUUGCUCACAAGCUGAAUCUGUGGUGCAAAAGAUAGCUGAACUCACUGGCAAUCUUGCUAGUUCAGUAGAAGGCGAAGAGAUGGACAUUUAUGCAUUGCUGGAUGAUGAGAUUUCGAGCACAGGUACAGCCCUCAAGUCCAAUUUGCACAAGCAUAAUCAACUGGAGGCUGACAUAGAGAUGUUAAAAGAAUCCUUGCAUCAGAAGGACAUGGAUUUAAGAGCUGCCCAUGAAGCACUUGACGCGAAAGAUCAAGAGCUGAAGGCGGUAAUGAGAAGGUGGGAUGUGAAGGAGGAGGUAGACAAGUUGGAAGGGUUCCUGAAAGAUCCUAGUGACAUCAAGAGACCUUCUGAUUUUUCCGUUCAUAUGGGGCUCCAAAAUCUUCAAACUGAAGCUGCGGAGGUGGAGGCACUUGCUGCUACUACUACAUUGAAGAAACUUGCAGAUAUGGCUAAGGGAUUCCUGAGAAGUGGCAAAACUGAUUCUGGCAUCAAUCUGGUUGCAUCGCCAAGUGUAAACAGUACUAGAAUUGUUUCCAAGACCAAACCAAACAAGGAAAUGGAUAUGAUUCUUGAUGCUGAAAAGGAAAUUGCCGGGCUCUUUUCGUUGACAGAACAGCUCAUUACCGAGGCUGGAAUAGAUGUUGCUCACCAAGCAUAGCUUCAGAACCCAGAAAUGUAUAUCAUAUUGCAGUUUUGCAACAUUUAGAUAGUUGCUGUGAAGAUUCAGCUGAAAUUGUUAGCGUUUUCAUUUCUUUUGCUUUGGGUCUCAUCGCCCUGUUUGCUGUUGGAUUGCUCUGCUCCAAGUGCGAAAGGGAGACAUCGAUGUUGAUAUGCCUCUUACUGUUUACAUGAUAUAUUGCAUCUGCUGAAAUCCUAGAAAAAAAAUGAUAAAUUUGUGAUCCAAAACCCCUUCUCUAGUCAGCCAGUGGCGGAUUUGCUGACAACCUAGGCAGCUGCCUGUAAUUCAUAUUCUCCAAAACUCCUUCAGACCGGAGUUAAUGAAGAUAUCCAAAGCCUGUAAAAUUGUUGCUGA